AACAGUAUUAUUUUUUUUUUUUUCUUCGGAAAGAAACCCUAGCCUCUCCCGAAUGAACACGCCGCCGCCUGAUGAUCCCACCGGAACUGAGCCGGAAUCUCGCCAAAGUAAAAAGAUCAGAACAAGGGACGAGGAGGCUCCACCGCUCUCUAAUAACGCAUGGGCUACUGGUGGAAUCUCUUUUAGGGAUAAGGUUCUUCAAGGAGCUGGAGAUCUACAUGACCCAUUCUUCGUCGGAGAUGUCCCCUUGGAGGAUGAGGAUGUGGCCAUAUCACAAACGACCCACAGUUUCCAGGUCUCACUUUCUGAAGCUUUUCUGGACCGUAUUACGCAGCCUUGGAAGAAAGCCCUAGUGGUAAAACUCCUGGGCAAAACGCUAAGCUACAAGACGAUGAGCUCUAGGUUGGAAACUCUUUGGAAGCCUAUGGGCAGACUCACGGUCAUUGACCUCGAAAAUGAGUUUUUCCUGGUACGAUUUCAGAAGGAAGAAGAUUAUCAGCGAGCUUUGUGCGAGGGACCAUGGGUAAUAUUGGGGGCGUACCUCACUGUUCAAUGUUGGUCCCCUGAUUUCGUUCCGUCUCAAGCGAAACCAUCUCAUGUGGUAGCCUGGAUCCGUUUUCCGGCAAUGCCGAUUCAGUACUACCACGCAGCUUUGCUUGAAAUAAUUGCUGGAAACAUAGGAAGGGUUAUACGAGUUGACUACAACACGGUUUCGGCGUCAAGAGGGAGAUUUGCAAGGGUUGCUGUAGAAUUGGACUUGAGUAAACCAUUGAUCUCUUCAUUUGAAAUCGAAGGCCUGACCCAACUGGUGGAAUACGAGAAUCUUCCGACCAUCUGUUUCUCAUGUGGGGUGAUAGGACAUUUGAAGGAACAAUGCAGUAAACAAAGAACAUCAGGAGAACCCGAGGGGAUAGUCUCAGAAGGUUCCGCAGCUGAAAGGGCAGAGAAAUCAGAGCAUAUAGCGCAUUCAACAGUCCCAUCAGAGUUAGGUCCUUGGAUGCACGCCAAGAAGCCAAUAAGGAGAACUAGAAAGGAAAUCACUCUCCAAAAACCUAUGGAAAAGACUAAGGUGCAACCUUCCAAAGCAGACUCUUACAAAUCUCACGGAAAAGGCUUCCAGAUUCUUGCUACAUUAGAGGAGGGGGGCUCAUCAAACGCUGCAUCCAAUGAAAUCUCCCAGCCUACGGGACAGAAAGAGCUCUCUUUACCCAAAAGACAAAUCCUCACGACCCACCGUUUUGGUGCAACCCAAAACGAACGCCCUUCACCUUCAAUUCAGUUAGCCAAAGAUAUAUCGCCUAACAUUUCGCCUCCUAAACAAGCCAAUGCUAGCUCCCUUUUACCAGGGAUUCCGACCCUACCGACAAAUCCCACGUCCCCGCACCCCCCUCAACCUCUCGCAUUACCUUCAGCCUGCUCAAUAUCUGUUAAGCAUCCCAACCCAGAACCCAUCACUCGAAUCACACCCCCUCCCGAUAUCACCUCUCAUACUGCCAUAACCUUAUCCAAAAAUGAUCCCCCUUUGGGUCUAGAUGAUGACGACCCCCCCAUUAUUCAUGAUUGUUCGAACCCUGGUCGAGGGCAGGAACCUAUGGAAGAAGAUUCUAGGGAAGAAAUUGAGGGGUCGGACAACUCCAUGUAUAUGCUAGUCCCAGAUCAAGAGAACGAGAAAACUUAUGGCAAGGGCUAUACAGACUAGCGAGAAAAGUAAAAGGUCCCUGGUUCGUGGGCGGUGAUUUCAACUCAAUGGUCUUUACUUCUGAGAAAAGGGGAGGGGCAACUAUAAGUGACAGUAA